GGAGAGGAUUAUUACCACUGAAAUCCAAGACGAUACUCACAAUCAAGUAGCCUUGACAGCGACGGCUACAGGGAUGAUCAAAUCCGCUGCUGCUUCCACAUCACGACUGAAGCUGCCCUCUACCGCAGCUUCUUCACUGUCGCAAUAUGGAAGCGCUCAUCGUCCGCGGUCCGCUCCAAUCGCAUGCUCCUCGAGCUCCCCUUUGCACUCCACCCGCAAUCUCGCCUCCUCUUCCGCCACUCUGCAACAACAUCAGCAACAACAGCAACAACGAAGCUCCGUCCACGCCUCCGAAGUAGAACACUUCACCCGCCUUUCCUCAACCUGGUGGGAUCCCAAUGGUGAGCUCAGUCUUCUGCACAAAAUGAACAAGGGCCGUAUUGCUUUUCUCAGGGACAAGGUCGUCGAGACGCAGGGCUGGGAUCGAGCGAGGGAGACUGGGAGGAGCCUGCAAAAGAGGGAGUGGUGCAAGGGUCUGAGGGUGCUGGAUGUGGGAUGCGGUGGAGGAUUACUGAGCGAAUCUUUGGCUCGGCUUGGCGCAACAGUCCACGGCAUCGAUGCCACCGGUACCAACAUCGCCAUUGCACAGCACCACGCCUCUCUCGACCCCUUCUUCUCCACUCCCUCCCCCUCUUCCUCUCCAACCUCCUCUUCUCCACGGCUCACCUAUUCGCACACAGCAGCCGAAGACCUUCUUGCCUCUCCGAGCGGAGACCACGCGGAAGGCUACGACAUUGUCGCCUCGGUCGAAGUCCUCGAGCACGUCUCUUCGCCAGCCGCCUUCCUGCACUCCCUCUCCUCUCUCCUCAAGCCAGGAGGUCAUCUCCUCCUCAGUACCAUUGCCCGAACUCCACUCGCAAGAUUACUGACUAUUACGCUUGCGGAAGAAGUCAUGGGACUGGUCAGUAGGGGGACCCAUUCCUACGAGAAGUACGUCAAGAGUGAGGAGUUGAGGAAGUUCAUUGCUGAAGAGGAAGGUGGAGGAUUGGGCUGGUACCCAUCAUCCAAACAAGGAGGAAAGCAGCCCUCUAGUAGCGUAGACAACAGCAAUGACGCCUUUGCUUCUCUGGACGGGGUUAGGUCACUACCAAGUCGACUGCAGAUGGAGUCGCGUGGGAUCAUUUAUGACCCACUGAUUGGCGAUUGGCGAUUGCUGGAUAGAAGUGGUUGGAUGCAGAGGAGCGGAUGGGGGGAAGAGUGCAAUUACCUCCUCUGGGCUAGGAAGCCUAUCAGAUAGAAGACGAACGACCUCUGACUGUACUGUACUCUGCGACCGACAGUCCCGUAUAAUGACUAGCAAUGCCAUGUAUGGCUCACUCACAACUACCGG